GAACACAGCUCGCAUGUAUAUCCCCAUACAUCCAGCUCAACCUGAGGCGCUUCGGCGCCAUGUGCCAACUCCAGCCGGAUACAUGCAGACUUAUACGAACCGCAACCAGGGAGACACAUCCAUCAUCUCGGCCAUACUCCAAUCCACAGCUUCCCUCGCCCAACGACGCAAUUCAUUGAUACAUCGGCGCUCGGGCUCGGCCGCACACACAAACCUCAUCAUCGGCCUCGUCGUGGGCUUCGCCCUCGCGGCAUUCAUCAUUGGCGUCUGCGUCUUUCUCUGCUGCUACGGAGACUCGAUCCGCUUCUCGAAGAGGAAGCAUGGGCAUAGGCGGCGGUCAACGAGCAGUAAGGGGUCGAGACACUCCAAGGCGCGGGAGGCGGAACAUACCGAGGGGGCGGCAGAGGGGGCAUGA